AGUGAGUGAAACUGAGACCGUGUGUACCCAGCUGUAGGAUUAGUUAUGGGACGGAGGUGAGCUACACUUGGUAGCAUACAUAUAACACGGCAAUAAAGUCCUGGCGCCAAGCACCCCAGUUGCUAAGUAACGCUGUUAAACAAGAGGAACCUUGACUUUCUGUGUUUGGUGUAGGAGUGCGAGGGAAAGGGUGAUAAACACAGACUGUGCAUUCCUGAUCUCUACUCUUGACAUCGGAACAACAUAGGCAAGGACUACCAGGGUGAGGGGCUUUGAGCUGAAUGUCUGGUUUGCAGAAGCUAAAGCGGUUGGCGUGUUUUUAAAACUGAAGACAACUUGAAUCACAUUGAUUAAAGAAAAAAAGAAGAUAAAAUAUGUACCAUGCCCAAAAAGAAGGGAGCCAAAGGGACAAAGCUGACCCUCAAAAUUGCCAAAAAGGCAAUACAGAUGACCCCGGAUGGACGGCACAGACUUACCCUAAGCAACAUGGGUAUAACCAUCUUCCCAAAGUGUCUCUUUAAACUGACCAACUUGGACGAAUUGGACCUCAGCCGCAACUCGAUACAGAAACUACCAGAUAACAUUGGGAGUUGCUCAUCUCUAAGAUUUCUGGAUCUGCACAGCAACAAGCUGGAGGCUUUGCCCAAGUCCAUCGGCAACCUGGCGGGACUGACACACCUCAACCUCUCGAACAACCGCCUGAUCUCUGCAGGUCUCCCCUCCUCUCUGGGAUGUCUCACCAGCCUGAAAAUACUCAACCUGGGGAUGAACCAGCUGGACACCCUCCCUCCCAGCAUGGAGGCUCUAGAUAGUCUGCAAGAGAUAGGUCUGUUUGAUAAUCUUUUCAUUCAUCUACCAGAGUUUGUGAGAGGGCUACGCAACCUCACAAAGCUGAACAUGAAACGCACUCCACUAUCGUAUGUUCAGGGGGAUGGUGAGGAGAUGCAGAAGGAAAACUCAGAACCAGAGGAACAUGUGUAUCUAGUUCAUGAGAGCAGCCUGUGUAGGACAUGCUUUAAGAGAUGUAAAGACCAGGAAGAAGGGCUUAUGAGAGGAGGAGGGGGUGAUGCAUAUGAGGAAAAAAGGACAAGGACUUAUAAAGGACUGCUUGUGCCAAACUCAGUGGCUACAGUCCAUCAGGAUGUGUGGAGGAUAAGAAAAGUGGAACAUAUGCAAAUCAAAUGACAAAACAGCAUCAUUGAACUUCCUCUUAAAUGAAAUGAACCUCACAUUCAGGCAGCUUUAAAAACGUGAAUAGUUGUGCAUAUUAUCUGCAUAGUUGUGCAUACUAUACUACUAUUUUUUGAUGUAUUAACUUCAUUCCUGAAAUAA